UGAACGCACGCAGAUACGAACGCAUCACAGCCACCAUUUUAAACCGACAGCGCACGAAGAUCACGAAGGAAAUUAUCCCAGAGAAAAAGGCACACGCACCGGUGGCUUUUCCUCGACAGGAUGCAGAUAUUGUGUUGUGGUUAAUUUUUAACGGCGCGUUCGCUGUUGUUUCCUCCCGGUUAGGAAACUGUGCGCAGCUGUCUGUCGGGAUUGGUCAGCUCGUGUUUUUCCUCUCCCGUCUCCUCUCCGUAGAGGAACUGCAAAGUGCUGGUGCGUCGCCGAUUCCGCGAGCUUGAAGCUCUCGCCAGCCACCCCGACAUGGGACGAACGGAAGCCAAACUCUCCAUCAUCACGACCUGGACAACUGGCGGAGCAGGAAGCAGUUAAGACCGAAGUCUACAGUGUGAGGAGAGAAAGGAGUACACACACACACACGGCGCAGCGACAAGUUCAGGAAGUGGAGGCAAAUAAUCUGUUUGGAGUGUUAGGAAGACGCCAUCACUGGACAUUAGCACACGACACACACACACAGACACACAAAGGCCUCCUACACACGCCCUUGCUAACACACACACACACACACACACACACACACACACACACACACGGCAUAGCGAUGGCUCUGGAGAACUCCAUCCUGUCGUCUCGCCCCGACACCCUCUGUCUGCCUGUCUCAGAGAAAGGGGAGGAGCCAGUGGAGGAAGUCACUGAGGAGGCUCCGCCCCAAACGGCCCAAACGGGCGGCAUCUUCAACGUGUCUGAGGAGCUGGGACACGUGGUCACUACGGAGACCAGCCCGCCCACAAAGCCACCCGCCACUGAAAACAGGUCCUUCCAGGACAAGAUGGCCGCCCGGGAGGCACAGGCCAAUCAACACCGCAAGAAGGUGCAGGGGGCGGGGCAAGAGAAGGGCAGGUUUGGCUGGGGGCGUAGCCGUCGUAAGCGUCAGCGCUACGUGGAGAAGAACGGCCGCUGCAAUGUGCAGCACGGGAACACGGGGACGUACCGCUACCUGACGGACAUCUUCACCACGCUGGUGGACCUCAACUGGCGCUGCUCGCUCUUCGUCUUCGUCAUGGCCUACGCCGUCACCUGGCUCUUCUUCGGAGCCAUCUGGUACCUCAUCGCCUACCUCAGAGGGGACUUGGACCAUCUGGAGGACGAGACCUGGACUCCGUGUGUGAACAACCUGAACGGCUUCAUCUCUGCGUUCCUGUUCUCCAUCGAGACGGAGACGACCAUCGGCUACGGCCAUCGCGUCAUCACUGACCAGUGCCCCGUGGGGACCAUGCUACUGCUGCUGCAGGCCAUCCUGGGCUCUAUGGUCAACGCCUUCAUGGUGGGCUGUAUGUUUGUGAAGAUCUCGCAGCCCAACAAGCGUGCGGAGACGCUGGUGUUCUCGAAGAACGCCGUCAUCUCUCUCCGUGACGACAAGCUGUGUCUGAUGUUCCGCGUGGGAGACCUGCGCAGCUCACACAUCGUGGGCGCCAACAUGAGAGCCAAGCUCAUCAAGUCCAAACAGACACAGGAGGGUGAGUUCAUUCCUCUGGACCAGACGGACAUCAGUGUGGGUUUUGAGACGGGGGACGAUCGUCUGUUCCUGGUGUCCCCAUUGGUCAUCUCCCACGAGAUCGACGCCCACUCUCCCUUCUGGGACAUGAGCCAGGCGCAGCUGGAAAAGGACGACUUCGAGAUCGUCGUUAUCCUGGAGGGCAUGGUGGAGGCCACAGGUAUGACGUGUCAGGCGCGGAGCUCUUACCUGGCGGAGGAGGUGCAGUGGGGGCACCGCUUCAGCCCCAUGAUGCUGCUGGCCGAGGGCUUCUUUGACAUCGACUAUGGAGCUUUCCACCACUCCUUUGAGGUUGACACACCUUCCUGCUCCGCCCACGAGCUGGCAUUGGCUGCUGCCAGACGGGAGGCACAUCUCUAUUGGUCAAUCUCCAGUCGCCUGGACGAGGAGAAGUGGGAGGGCCCUCCUCUGGCCGACCAAUCAGAGAAGACAGCAGACACAGAUCUAGCCAAUGGCAAAGAGGAAGAUGGGCCCACAUUCAUUGUGGGCGGAGUCACUGAAGUGCAAGACCAAUCAGGACCCGGGGAACAGAACGGCAGUGUCACCACUGACCAAUCGGAAUCAGAGGCUUGAAGAGGAGGAAAGGGGAAGAUGAUGAAGAUGAUGAUGGUGGUGGUGAUGAAGACGAGGAGAGAGUCAUUCUACCAAUCCUAUUGGUCUGGGUGGUUGUACAGCAUUCCAGUCUUUCUCUUAGAAACAAGCUGUGUGUGUGUGUGUGUGUGUGUGUGUGUGUGUAAAUGCUAACGUGUAGCAUAGCGGCCCUGACACCAUAGGGGGAUAUCUGUGUCACUGACUGUCUCUAGUUUGUGUGUGAGUGAGUGUGUGUGAGAGAAAGAGAGAGAGAGAGAGAGAGAGAGAGAGAGAGAGAGAGAGAGUGAGAGAAUCUCAGCCAGCAUAUUACUUUUCCCAUAUUCCCCAGACCGCACACACACAUAC